AUGGCAACAUUGGCUCAUUAUGCAUCUCUUGCUCUUUUGCUUUGCAUUUGUGGCACCUCUAUUGUUGAUUCUAUAAACGGUGGCUUUAGUGUUGAUCUCAUUCACCGUGACUCUUCAAGAUCACCAUUCUACCGUCCCACAGAAACUCACUAUGAGCGAGUUGCCAAUGCCGUGACUCGUUCCAACAAUCAUGCUAAUCAAGCCUAUGUCCCAACAAACACAGUUCAAACCACUAUAAAAUCGGUUGUAGGUGAAUACCUUAUAAGCUAUUCAAUUGGGACCCCACCACUCCAAUUCUUUGGAGAUUUCAAUACAGGUAGUGACUAUAUUUUGUUGAAAUGCAAGCCUUGUGAAAAUUGUUACAACAAAACAAUUCCAAUAUUCGAUCCUUCAAAAUCCAAAACAUACAAAACCAUUCCUUGCAAUUCUUCAACAUGUCAAUCUCUAUCAUUUAGAUCUUGCUCUUCUGAUAGUGGACAAAAUUGCACCUAUACUUUUCCCAAAUUCUUGGAGCCCAAUGUCUCACAAGGAGUUGUCAGUAAAGACACACUAACCUUAAACUCCACUAAUGGCUCUCCUAUCUCAUUUCCUAGAACUGUGAUAGGGUGUGAGCACAAAAAUACAGGGAUUUCCAUGUUUGGACAAACCACAAGUGUGGUUGGUCUUGGAAAUGGACCUAUGUCCCUUAUAUCUCAAUUGGGUUCUUCAGCAGGUGGAAAAUUCUCUUACUGUUUGUUGCCAAUGUUAUCAGAAUCUAAAAACUCCUCAAACAAACUUAACUUUGGUGAUGAUGCAGUUGUUUCUGGUGAUGAGACAGUCUCAACUCCAUUUUUCCAAAGCAGUUUAGGUCUUGUUGGUUACUGGUUAACCUUGGAAGCAUUUAGUGUUGGAAACCACAGAAUAGAAUUUGCAAGUUCUUCCUCUGGUUCUAUUGAAGAGGGAAAUAUUGUUAUUGAUUCAAGUGUAAUGUUGGUUCAUUUGCCUCAUGAUGUUUACACUAAGUUGGAAUCAGCAGUGGCAAAUGUUGUUAAAUUGAAACGUGUUGAGGAUCCUAAUCAUCAAUUCAGCCUUUGUUACAAAACUACAUCAGAACAACUAGAAGUUCCUAUAAUCACAGCACAUUUUAAAGGUGCAAACAUUCAAUUGAAUGCUAUCAACACCUUCCUAUUCGUGUCUGAUGAGGUUGCAUGCUUGGCUUUCAUUGAUUUCGAAGAUAUUCCCGUUGGCAUCUUUGGGUUCUUAGCACAACAGAACUUCUUGGUUGGCUAUGACCUCAAAAAGAAUAUUGUCUCCUUUAAGCCCACAGAUUGUACCAAGCAUUGA